GCUUUUAGUUCGUUCAAAAAUUUCAAAGUGUUCGGUACGGGACACAAGUUUUCCGCCUUAAAUAAACAAAUAGGAUUCCUAGCAAAUAUGUCACUGAAAUACUUACUCAUUGCUUGUGCAGUGCUGAUCGGAUUGUGUGGAGCUGAUGUGUCAGAAAUAAAGGCGGUUAAAGUGGAUCUGCCUUUCAAUGACUUGCUACCACCGCUGCUGGAUGAAGUGAGCACCACGACGACAACGACGACGACAACGACAACCACAACGACGACCACAACGGAGAAGCCAGCCACAACGCUGGCCACAAAGCCAACCAAGAAAUCGUACUACCAGAAGCCAGCUCAGCUGGCAAAGGAGGAUAAGUUGAAGACCAUUGUCAUCAAGCAGGAUGUUUCACAGCUCCCUUUGGAUCUACUGCCACCUUUCGAAGACGAGGUCAAGCCGGCGGAGGACAAGCUGCGGCCAGUGGUUAAUACUACGCCAAAACCCGUGGUUAGGAUCUCUCAGCCGUCUGUGCUCAAGGUCACUCCAAAGGCUGUUCCCAAGGUCACCCCGCCGCCUGCUCCACGUCCGCAGUACUCUGUUCAACCAGCCCUAGCAUCCCGCCCACAAUACUCCGUUCAUCCUGCUCCUCAAGCGAUACACCCUCAGCCCACCCGUGCUUCUGGUUUCGGAAGUGGAUUCCAGUCCCGUUUCUCAAACUACUUCCUCACCAGUACCCCUCGACCCAGACGCGGUCCCCUGCCCACUAUCACCCCUUUUCCACGCUUCGUCAGACUGUAGGAAUCCAUUUAAUUAGAUUAGAUAAGCACCAUUCAAAGGCCGACUUAAAAUAUAAAAUAAAUUAGAUACGACACAACUGAGAUAAUGAGUGGAAACUAUGCGGUAUUAUUUAAAAGCGACUGUUGAAGCAUGAAUUCACAACAAAGUAUUCGAAGAUUUCAAAUGUUGAUGGAUUAAAUAAUUUAUGAAUGCACAAAAGUGACCAUUUCGAAUCAUAGAGGCAACGCCAUCUGUUGCUACUUCGUUAUGUGAGGUUAUCUGUUUUAAAUUAACACCUUUGUCAAGGGAAAAGUGGAAGAAGCGCAAAAUUAAUUCCUAAAAUAAUAUUUAUCGUAAAGGAAAUUCAUACACCCUUCUUAGCGACCAAUGGAUAGCGUUUUACCUUUUCCAGAGCUUCAUCGGCAUGUUUUUAAUUGUAGUACAUAUAUUUAAAAUAAACUGCUAAUGCAAUGU